AUGAAAUUCCCCACUGUUUCCUACCUAGUGUUGCUUGCAACUAGUGUCAUUGCUCAUGAAAUUGGAGAGCAUGAUGACCACAGUAACCUUCAGUUCCACGACAUCUUGGAACGAAGCACUGUCCCAACAGCACCUCACCGUCGAAAUACCAUCGAAUUCCCUCCACCGCAAUACCCAGAAGUUGGUCUCUGCAAACAAACGGCUGCGGAUGGUGCAAAGCUAGCAGUCCAGUUCCACCCUGGCAAAAUCAGAGAAAUCGGCUGUUAUCGAAAUUGUACAUGCCCUGGCACCAGUGACCAUUGCUGCGGCCUGGCGGUAGACCUGAUGUGUACCACAGGCCUUAACGUUAGGGAUAGAGAUGACUAUGGUCGCGCUAUCGGGGAAUGGGCUGUAAAAUAUAGAUUCGCCCUAAAUUUGAAAUAUGUCAUCUGGGGCCGGAAGAUCUGGAACCCUACCCUUGACCCACCAAGUGGAUGGGAAGGCUGGCGCCUAAUGGAAGAUCGGGGGUCAGACACGCAAAACCACUGGGACCAUGUCCAUAUCAGUUUUAAUGAAGCUCGCCCUGUAUUCUGA